GUCGUGGGGCGCAAAAUGCAUCCAUUUGCAGUAUCGAGUCGGCACAUUCGAAUGCACCGAUUGCUGUAGCCACCGCGCGUGAAGCACUGCGAUCCGCUGCCCGCCCCUCCGCCCCGGCGGAAACGUCACAAAUGAGAUAAAGCUAAAUACUUCCUGGGGUCGAGCGGUUGGAGUCCCACUACAACGUGAAUUUCAAUUCGUUCGUGAUUUGCCUCCCAAGCCUCGUGCUGUCAUAUGGUGUGCUGUUAGUGCAUGCUGCUGACUACGAUGUUCCAUUGUGGCUGGCUUUUUCAACGCCGGCCGUUUUUAUUCUCACCUACGGCCUUUCACAAUGUUGGUGUCGUGACGCAACUGACACAUGGGGAGGACCGACCGGCUAUCGGGUGAUGGCAACACUGGGUCUCAUAUUGGUCGUAUCUAAUCUACUAAUCUGUGCAUUCAUCCCUAUCAAUUGGCACCCGUUGGUGUACGGUGUUUUUGGAGGUCUCGGCUCGUCACUAAUUUCUGCACAAGUUGAUGCGGUAGUCUUCGAAACGUACUACUCGCAUUUAGGACUUAUAAGAGGUGUCUGCUUUACCGGACAAGCAAUUGGACAAGCAAUAUUUCCUCACAUAUUGACAGCUCUGAUUGACCAGUACAGUUAUCAGUUUUCCUACAUCGUAUUAAGUGGCAUCAUGCUACAGACUCUUCCCGCAAUUUUGCUACUAAAAGUUGAAGAAAGCGACACCAGACCCAUGUCCUUCUCAAGGUACAGCGAUGUAUCUAAAGCAUACUCCUUGUUUAAUAACGGAGAGUCACAUUAUUACUCAACAGAGCUACAGUUACAUGAUAUGGGUAAAAAAAGUUGGCGAAGCCCUUCCGAUGAUAAUUUGCACUGUGAAGAAGACUUUAUCAAUGAAAUUUACGAAGAAGACGCUAACGUAACAAUAACGCCACCUCCAAGUCCAGAAGAAAAGAGGCGCAAUAUUUUUGGCGUAGAAAUACUACCAGAAAUACCUGAAGAAAGUGAAGAGAGCGACGAAAACGAAGAUGAACAAAACGAUGCAAAAAUGAAAAAUAAUAAAAAACGACUUAGUGUUGCAAUUAAGAGAUUAAGUACAAUGGGUGAUAACUUUAGUGAGUACAUAAUGAAACAUACUCGAAGAGAUCCUCAAAGCAACCUUAGUGAAAGUAGAGAAUACGAGGAGAUAGAGGUAGCUUAUGAUAACAUAUCACCAGUGACUGAAAUACAAAGAGAAAGAGUGUUAGAUUCGUUUAGUUAUCGUUGCCAAUCGGCAUUUGCAAGUAUACGAAGAAGAAUGUGGAUGCCUUCAUAUAGAGUGCAUAGAAUAAAACGCAGAAUGACGUAUGUGAAGUAUAGUCUAAAUGAUACAUUUGUUAAACCUUUGUCGAGGUCAUUGUCGUGCUGGAGAUUUUAUCCUUCAUUAUUACUUUGUUGGUCAAAGCUUAGUAUAACAGCUAUCUCAUUGGCGUUGCUACCGAUGAUUGCAACUCAGAUGCAUCCAAAAAUAUCGUUGAUUGAAGCGAACUUUUUAAUAACUCUGCAUGGAUUUACUUGGAUAUGUUUCCUGCUCUGUACGCCAUGGUUAGCUCAAACAGUAAAAAGGAACUUUAAAUAUGUUGCUGUAGUUGGUCUUAUCAUGUCAACGGCAGCUUGUUUCAUGAUUGCUGAAGCAAGAGAUCACGAUGUUUUUGCCAUCGGGUGUGUGGUAUCCGGGAUAGGCUACGGAGCCAUAUCGUCAUGUUGGGAGACCGCCGUGCAAGAUUUCGUCGGUGUAAGAAAGUGGCCUAAGGUCCACAGUGCAUUAGAAACGCUUUCCGCCUCUUUUCUAGCCGUAUUUGUUUGUGGACUUUCAAUUUUAAUUAAAUACGGUUAUGAUUUUCAAUAUGCAAUGUUCGUCUUAGGUAUAUUAUUGGCUGUAGUUACAUUAGUAUGGACUAUAAUAGCAAUAUUGUCAAUUUACAUAACAAACUCAAAGUCAUUUAGUUUCGAUAUACGUAGAAGAUUCUAGAUUUUAAAAUUUACUAGUAAUUGCAAUAAUUGUAAAUA